AUGCGACGAACCUGGGAGAAGCAUGACGAUGAAGGAGAUCGUAGACAUGCGGCUGAAGUGGGGAUACCGGACGCAGUAGAGCUUAGGCCUCUUAGGGAUGGGGAGAUGGCCGCGAAUCCUGCCCCGGGGUGGGUGGCGCUGCACGAGAAUCAGCUCCACCAAGGGUUAUCGCUACCCCUGCCCCGGUGCCUACAGUAUCUGCUGCGGAUGCUGAACCUGUCACCGGGGCAGCUAACCCCGAAUGCCGUUCGCCAAAUAUAUAGUAUGAUGGCCAUGUGGGACCUGUGCCAGCAAGGGUGGCCUUCCAUAAAUGAGUUCCGCGCGGUACACCGGGUACUGUACUCUAGGAAGCAGUCUUGUGCGGGUACAGUGACCUUUGCCGCUAGGGAUUACGAGCCGCUAGUUACCGAUAUGCCUACCUUGAUGAGCAAAAGGUGGAGGAACAAAGUGUUCCUAGCUGGUGGGCGGUGGCAGAUAAAAAAUAAGAAGUGGCAGCUGACUGGUACUUUCCAAGCUAUCGGGGACCAGUCCUAUACGCUAUCCGAAGUAGAAAAGAAGAGGAUAGCCCGAGUAUAUGCCGUGUGGUCAGAGAAAGAGAGGAGCUCUAGGUUCAUCCGGCACUCUAUACUUUUUAGGCUAGGGUUAGGGUGGCUCCCCGUUGCAGUGAAAGCCCCGAAGAGGAAACCCCGGAAAGGCAAGGAAGAGGACAGGAUGGAUGAUGCUCAACUGAUAGACAUGCUGAUGAGCCAGGGAGAAGAUGCCCUGCACAUCAACGUCGACCUAGGGUCGAAAGGCACGAGUCGGUCUAUCGAAGAGACCCUUUUGGAGAUAACCGAUGAGGGAUAUGGUGAACCUGAUCCCGACGCUCCUGUGACCCACGCCGUGCAGCCCUCUAUGGCCGAUGUCAUUACGAUAGAUGACACCGGGGUGGGAAAAGUACCGGCCUCAGUGCCUAUUUCCUCUCGUUCCACUGGGAGCGAUGAGGCGUUACUCCCCGGUGAGAAGAAGAGAUCCCAGAAGCACAAGCAUCGAACUGAUAAGGAGGUGACAUACACUGGCCGGGAUGUCCAGGGUACUGGUGCGAAGAGGCAGAAGAAAGGUCACCCGGGAUCAGGGCUUUCGCCUUCUCUUGGCCUGUUAUCUCCCGCCGUUCCGGUAAUCCCCAAGAAGCCCAUCAAGCAGCUGCUGAAUGAAUACGGGGUUGCCGAUGAAAAGUUCGUGCGGUCCAUGCUUGGGGAUCUGAAGGAUAUUGACCUCGACCGGGUUCGAGCCAAAGAUAAUACCCCCCAGGAGAAUCGCCGUCUCGCCCGGGAAUCAAUGAUGCAGGCACUCUUCAAUGUGUACGCCAUCGACGCCAGCGAGGAAGAUACUCAUCUGAAGGAGGAGGUUAGCAAUCUCUCUGGGCAGGUGAAGUAUCUUCAUGGCGAGAAGGCCAAGCUGGAGAAGGAGUGGGACUCAUUGAGGGCUGAGAUGGCCGCCUCUAAGCAGCGGAUUGCGGAGCUUGAGGGUGAGGUUACUGAGGCGCGGGAGGAGGUAAAGAACGCCCGGGACUCCGAGAAAAAGGCUGCAGAGUCUGCCGUCUCAUGGAAGGAGAAGGCAGACUCUCUGGAGGAUCGCCUUCCCCCGGAGAGGCACGAGGCCGUGGAGGAGUACAAGUCCUCGGAUGAGCUUAUCUCGAUGCUGGCUGCUGCCCAAGAUAAGGCUGUCAUCAUGAAGCUUAAGGAGUGGGUGGCGGCCGGGUACUUAGAUGAAGCCAAAUUUAGGCGGGGUCUCCUGGAGAAAAGGAAGAAGGAGCGGGAGGAGGCGGCCAAGUCCGGUGCCGGUGGGUCCCAGAGUACCGAUGGAGAUCAGUUGUAA